AUGUCGAGCAUCAUUCCCGUCGACCUGUCAUCCUUUGCGACGGAUCCGUCGUACCUGAACACUCUAGUCACUACCAAUGUCUCCAAUCCGAGUGUCAUCAAUCUUCUCGCAUACGAUGAAAGCUUCGCGUCUGUAGUUGGAGAGAACGCCACAGCGCGACAAUUACAUAACCUUGACUGGCAAGCUUUCCAUGAGGCAGGUGUUUACAACAAGGACGCAAAGAAGUUGUACGUCACGAGCAACUGGGCUGGCGACUUGGAGAACCCCAUCAAUGUUACCAUAAUCGACCUAGCGAACAACUACUCCAUCAGCUCAACGCGGUACUCAGCUCUUGCGGAAGCCAACGGCGCAACAUCCUACUACCCACCCGGCACCCAAACCAACGGCUCGACUCCCUCACGCGUUCUAUACUGCGACCAAGGCGAUCUUGUCAACCCAGCAGGUCUCGUCUCCGUAGACCCCGUAACAGGCGACUCUGAACGCAUUUUGACUAACUUCCUCGGUCGAAAUUUCAGCUCACCCAACGAUGCGCGUCAGCACCCUGUAACAGGCGAUAUCUGGUUCACAGACGCCGACUACGGCUACAUUCAACAUUUCCGACCUGCGCCCACUAUUCCCAAGCAUGUUUACCGCUUCUCUCCUGCCACUGGUGAGAUUGCUGCUGUAGCAGACGGAUUCACUCAACCCAACGGCCUUGAGUUCAGCCCUGACUACAAGACGCUAUACGUUUCUGACACUGGCGCCGUGGAGUUUGACAAGAACCUCACGCGGCCGGCUACAUUAUACGCCUUCGAUAUUACGGAAGACGGAAAGAGACUAACUGGAAGACGGACAUUUGCCUACUCUGACAACGGAUUCCCUGACGGUCUACAUACAGAUACCGAGGGUAAUGUAUGGGCUGGAUGUGGUGACGGCAUACACAUUUGGAAUCCUCUCGGAACACUAAUUGGAAAGAUCUGGCUUGGUGUUGAGACGAACAACUUUGCCUUCCUACCCGGUGCUGUAUUGGUCUUUAGCAAUGCACAAUUGUGGAUUGUAGAGAACUUGAAGGCUGUGGGGAGGGAGGUUAGCAAAGACUUUGGAGUUUGA